AUGCCUGCGCGCAUCUCGCCACCUCCCGCAGCCAACGGCAGCACGGGUUUGACCAAGGAACAGCUCGACUUCUGGAAUACGAAUGGCUACCUCCUGAUACCUGAUGCUCUGAGCCCGGAGACGACAAAGUCAUUACUCGAAGAGGCUUAUACCAUGCUUGAUGGCUUCUCACUCGAUGACCAUCCCAUGACCAAGUUCAGCACCGGCGAGCAGAGUGAUCAUGUCGGCGACGACUAUUUCCUCGAGUCCGGCGACAAAGUCCGUUUCUUCUUUGAAGAAGACGCCUUCGACACUGACGGCACCCUCACAAAACCCAAAGCCAAAGCCAUCAACAAGAUCGGCCACUACCUCCACGGCCUAAACCCCAAAUACCGCGCCUCCUCCCUCUCCACCGCCAACGCCGCAAUCGCCAAAGACCUCGGCUUCACAGAUCCCCGAAUCCUGCAAUCCAUGAUCAUCUGCAAGCAACCCGAAAUUGGCGGCCGCGUUCCUCCCCAUCAAGAUUCCACUUUCCUCCACACCGAUCCUCCUUCCGCCGUCGGCUUCUGGUAUGCCCUCGAGGACGCAACUGCAGAAAACGGCUGCCUUUCUUUCGCAGCUGGAUCACAUCGUCGCGCUCCCAUCCGCAGUCGCUUUGUCAGAAAGUAUGAAGAGGACGGUACAACACCCACACCAAGCGGCACCGGAUUCUCGGAGAACGAGGCUUCACAAUGGCCCGCUGGUCUGCAAGAAGACACUGAAGUCAAGAAGGAAGUCUACGAGCUCGGUGAAGUCAAAGCCGGCACUCUGGUUUUGAUACAUGGAAACCUCUUGCACAAGUCGGAGAAAAACACGAGUAUGAAGGGCAGAAUGAUCUAUACUUUCCAUUGCAUCGAGGGUGGGAAUGACUAUGAUGACAGGAACUGGUUACAACCUCCCGCCGAAGGUUUCUCCAAGCUCAACAUGCAGUCAUAA